UUGGACCUCUUUGAAAAUCUCUCAUCUUUCCUGCUCACGCCUUGAAUCAACGACCUAUCGCUAUUGGAGAUGUCGGGCGGAUACAAGUACGCAAACCUGCGGACCAAGAAUUCCGGGAACAGCGACGAGUUCUACAAACGUACUCUCGCGAGGCUGCAGAAGAUACAGACACACCUCGAGACGGCGCCGCGCGCGAGGAGGCUGAAAGACAAGGUUUGCAUUGUCACGGGGGCCGGGUCGCUUAAGGGCAUUGGGAGGGCCUCUGCGGUACUAUUCGCGCACGAAGGUGCCAGGCACUUGUAUCUCCUCGACUUCGACGCAACGAACCUCCCUGACCUGAAGUCAACUAUUGAAACCAAGUAUCCGGAUGUCAAGGUCACAAUACAGCAAGGGGAUGCGGCAGACGAUGCUACUAUCGAGAGUCUCUGCAAGCAGGCGAUGCAGGAAGAAGGCAGACUAGACGUAUUCUUCGCGAACGCUGGGAUUGCUACUAUUGAUGGUCUCCAAGAAAUCUCUGCCGACCAAUUUAUGCGGAGUAUGAGGAUCAACGCGCUGUCCUGCUUCCUUGCCGUCAAGCACGCUUCCGUCGCGAUGGAGAAAACCAAUCCUUCACGGGACAAAGAAUUCGGGGGCGGAAGUAUCAUAUUGACUGCUUCCGUCGCAGGUCUUCGGUCCGGGGGUGGAUCCGUCGAUUACAGUGCAAGCAAAGCUGCUGUAAACAACCUCGCGCAGACAUCAGCCUACCAGUUGCGCAACACCGACAUCCGCGUGAACUCUAUCUGCCCGGGUCUCAUCGAGACAGACAUGACGGCGCGGACGUUCGAGUACGCUGCGUCGCGCGGCACGAUGAGCAAGAUCGGUCAGCUGAGUGCAAUGGGGCGAUAUGGUGUCGCAGAAGAAAUCGCGAACAUGGCGCUUUUCCUCGCCUCGGAUGAGUCGAGCUACGUCAACGGCCAAAACUAUGCCGUCUGCGGCGGCUUGUCGAGCUCGCAUCCCGUCGCUCCGGGAAAGUGGGCGUAAACGUGGUUCCAAGGUAAAUCACAGGUGUGACGUGAACAUGGUUGCAAGCGCUGUACCGCAAAGCGCCGCCACAAUCUCGAAGUUCCAUGCGUGGGCGGACGUAGCUUCGCUAUCAUGCUGUUGUGCUUGGACAUGUAAUUUGUUUACAGAGGUUCUAUUGGAAUCAUUCUUGUCAUAAUAUUCUCGAGAAUUACAUGUACUUUGCAAAGCC